CAGGGGAGAGGCGCAGUGCCUAUGAGCGUGUCACUGAAACGCGGAAUACAGACGAAUUAUUGAUUUAAGUUAAUCAAUUAUUGCUUGAUAUUACUAUCAACAUAAGCUGCAACCUUUGGAGCCCGUCAGCGGAAUAAUCAAACGGACAUCGGAGUUGAAAUCGCGACGCAAGGUUUCCGAGCAAGGGAAUGAAGAGAACCGCUGGAAGUGAACGGUGAUUUCUCUUCUCCAGGAUUAAACGGCGUAUAUUAAAUUCCUGCACCUGCUCUCCUGUUAAAGGAAUAUCGCCUUAAACAAAACCAGGGCUUUCCUAGAUUAUUCCGUGGAUAAAACACACCUCUUGAUUGUAUACGCCAAAGUCUGUUCGGUGUUUUGGAUUUAAGGACAUUUGCCAAACGCAGUUUAUUUAAUUGGCAGAGCACUUAUUUAUUUAUCGGAUUCGAGUCAGCAGAAUAAGCUGUCGUUUUUACUGGAGUUUGCAAUUUCCUACUAAGCUUUACUGGGAGAUUAUUCCAGUAAGUAAACGGGUAAAAAAUCCUGACCGACGGGAUCAUUACGCUCGAAACGCAGUUAACGGAGCGCAGUUGACACACGGCAUUUUUGGGGAACAGCUUCUCACUUUGAUCCGCUGUCGCCUGUUUCAGGAAAAUCACAGAUCGGGGAAUCAUUGAAAUAUAAGAAGAAAUCUUAGCAGAAAUAAACUGCCCAGCGAUUCUGCAGAAGAAGCGGUUUUGGAUGACUUUUUCUCCUUUCUUACGGUCGUGAAAAACGCAGAUAAAAGGAAAUAAACUCCUAAUAAAUCAACUGAAUAUACCAGGGAUUAUACAUUUUUUUCCAUAUCCUCUAAAGACAGAAUGAGAAAUUAUUGAUUUCCCCCCAUCAUCAUUUUCCCCUCUUCUGUUUUUCGUCCGCUUCACGUUCCCUCAAGUCCUGUCAUCACAAACCUGCAUGGAAAUCUAGUCAGCACCACAGAGCGAUUUAUGGUAGGCCUCAGCAAAGCAGUGUCUGUAGAACUGUACCUGCGUGUGCGCAGUCAUGCUGGCCUGUCUGCAGAGGAGGCAGAAUCCUGCACCCCAGCACAACCCAGCCGUCUGCAGCAGCAGCAGCAGCAAGAAUCUUGAGCCAACGCAACACAUCAACCGCAAAUGUGAGCUGACUGUCCCCAUGCCUUCCCCGCGCUACCCCAGCGCAGCAGAGCUGGAUGCCUAUGCGCAAAAAACAGCCAGCAGCCCCCUGUCCAUCAAGAUCUUCCCCACCAACAUCAGGGUUCCCCAACACAAGCACCUUAACCGGACUGUGAAUGGAUAUGACACCACCGGACAACGCUACAGCCCCUACCCCCACCUCCACACAGGGGGCUACCAGGGUCUGUUAGCAAUCGUCAAAGUCUCAUCAUCAUCAUCCUCAUCCUGCUCAUCUUCUUUUGCACCCUCCACAAAGGGCGUUCUCAAAAACUCAGAGGGCAGGAGGACUAAGUUAUCUCCUGCGCAGAUAGCAGUGGCUCCUUAUCCACCUCCCAACAGCAGCACUUUAGGUCAUUGCCAUGGACAGAUUGUGUACCACACAGGGCCACCAAAACCACCAGAGGCCACCACUUUAUCGGUCCCACCUAACGUCACUGUGGCUGGCUCUGUGAUCCCUGUGGCAGGAGGCCGAGGACUGAAUCUCCCUCCUCAGUCCAAUCUUCCCUCCAUCCAGAGCAUCAUUUACCAGAUCAACCAGCACUGCCAAGCCCAGGCACUGCAGCAGGUGUGUCAGAACGGGGCGUCUACGGGAGCUCCAAACCCCAGCCCUUCCAAACAGGGCACCACUAACUCCUCAGGGGGGACUUACGUCACUGGUGUGGCUCCGCAGGGAAACAUGCCCUAUUCAGGGACGGUGAUACCAGGGCAGAACGGUGAGGUGCUGAAGGCCGGGGUGUAUCCUGAAGGUAUGGACUAUCUGCUGUGGCAGAAACAACAGCAUCAUCAUCAUCAGCAGCAGCAGGCAGUUUUGAGGAUGUACAGUGGAGGAAGUGGAGGCGGAGGUGCAAUCAGCAAGUCGCCAGAAACCUGCGGCCCAGUAGGGUCCAUUGUGCUUGGAGGGGCGCAGGUGUCCUCUUCGAGAGGUUAUCCUAUGACGGCCAGUACGAGUGGUGGUGGCGGACUGGACAAAGUCAGCUCCUCCCCUUUGAACUGUGUGGGGAUGCAUGGGAACUUUUCUGUCGGUCAGUACUUUGCCCCUCCAUGGAACAGUGUUCUGGUGACGCCAGACAGCGACUGCUACAACCCACAGGAGCUGCCGGGAGCUGCAACUACAGCUGGACCGGUGACCGGACACAGGGAGCUGGGAUUCCCCCAUCAUCACCAACACCCUCAUCAUCAUCAUCACCACCACCACCAACACCAUCAUCACCACCACCCACCCAUAGACAGCACAGGUGGUCUGUGCUGCAGUUUGCCCAGUAAGAGUCUAUGUAAUACGUCAGUGUUGAGCAGCAGUCUGCAGUCACUGGAAUACCUGAUCAAUGACAUUCAUCCCCCCUGCAUCAAGGAGCAGAUGCUGGGGAAGGGAUAUGAGACCGUGUCUGUGCCGAGACUAUUGGACCACCAGCAUGCGCACAUCCGCCUCCCUGUUUACAGAUAAGAGGAGACUUGGUCUGACCAAUACAAUAAGCGACUGGAAAAUCUUUAAUCACAAACUGCAGUUGUUGCCAUUGCCUAGAUUUGCAGUGGAGUUACGUGAUCCUGCUCAAAGCAGACUGGGGGAGAUCUGGAUCAAAACAAGCUUGGGUGAAUGCUGGAAAGCCAAUCGGUGCCUCUCGGCUCAGAGCUGGGAGAGAAUAGCUGGCUAGAAAUUUGGAAUGUUCCUAAAUGUGGAUUCUGUGAUUCUAUUUUCUCUCUCUUUUAGCCAUGAGGGACUUUUUUUUGAUUGUUUUCCAAUUGUUUCUCUUUCUUUCCCUUUUGAAUUGCUUUAUCAGACUAAUGUUUCUUUUUGGUGACAGUCAAUGGUUUAAAUGAAGUAAACAUGGCCUCCUCUCCUCCCAACAUCGAAAGUAACCAAUCGGAUGAUGUAACGUGAUGAAGAUGAUGGUCUUAAAGCACCACAGUUGUCUAUAAGAGAUACGGUUGAACCUCUGGUCACAAAACACUGUAAGGGGUAACUGUAUGCGCACAUUACAUUUCAAAAGACCAAAAAAGCAACUAGAUCUGUGCUUUUAGCUGACAUUAAUGGGUAAAAACCUUAGCGUUAAUAGUUUUUUUAAUAGAAAUUGCACUGCUUGGGGUGUAAAAAUGUGUGAGAGUCUUGGGAGGUUGGAAAUUAGAGGUUUGAAUAUAAUGUAUUUAAAGAACUUGAAGACUUGAACCUAUUUUUGUUGUUUUAUAUAUAUUUGUAGUAUAUAAUAUGCAUUGGCUGCUAAGGGAGUAAGAGUGUAAAAUGCUUAGUUUUUUUAUGUUUCGUUAAUGGUCUUUUGUUUUGAUUUUAUUCUCCUUUGGCUGCAGUAUACGUUUCUGCUGUUCUCACGGUGUAAUCACCACCGAGAGCUAAACAACAGAGUGCUCAUUUAUUUACCUACACUGGAAACAAAUCUCCAAAUAAGCAUAUAUGAAAGGAACCGGUUGUUGGAAAGCUCUGAAAUGAGACCGCCCUCAUUAACAAGGUUAGGCCGAUCAGGUCUUUUGGGAAAGAAACAACAUUAUGAACGCAUUCUGACUACCGAAAUGAAUCCGAUUUAGAAUUGUGAAAAUGAGCUGUCUGUUGUUGGUAAUCUUGAUUGGUCAGGGAUCAAAUUACUUUUCCCUCACGGCUUAGACAUUUUUGAGCCCAUUAAACGAAGGUCUGAGGGCAGUUGACUGUCAGAGGUAUCGCUUGACCAUUCCUCUUUUUUGAAACGAUAAAAACAAUCAUUGCGGUGCCUCUCUGGAACGGAGGUAGAGGGGAUGAGUGUUUUUCUCAGCUUUGUGCUAGCGGUUUCGAGCCGGGUUGAGGCCACUCGUAAGCUUUGUCUCAACACUGAAAUAUUUAUUCCGACUGUGACUUUCCUGUGAAUGUACUGCACUUAGAUUACUGAGAAGACUAAUGCCUUGUGGGACAGAGAAGAGGGAAAUAAAGAAAAAUUGGACGGGCACAGCGGUCCCUGGCGUUAAAUUAGCAUUUCUUUUGUCAGUCAAAUUUCACCGGUAAAUUGAAUUUAGAAACUCGAGAGAGGCGACAGGGGGUUUCUGGCGGAGGCAAAAAGCUGGCUACAGUCUAGAUUUAUGAAGUGCAAUUAUUAUGACUGUAUUAACAAUUUUGUUUUCUCUGAGCUUACACCAAAAAAAAAAAAAGAAAAUGUAAAACUACAGCUGUGUCUACAUUCCCAAUGUACCACAUACUCAUUCCCUUCUUGUUUUGAGGUGCAAAAUAAAAUGAUUUCAAGAAUUUAUUGAGAAACACA